AUAGAUACUAGCACUGUACCUCCAGUGAUACUUAUAGACAAUGGAUCCUUCUUCGGAUCAUGGACAGCUAUCAUACCAGCUGUCGUAUAGCUUGGAUUUUCCUUCUAGCGUUCCGCGUAGCGGCUGUGUUAUAAACAAUAGAACGCUGGAUGUGGGCCGGGAAACCCAUGAAGCAAUACUUGAUAAUGAGUACCUCCUUAUCGGCGAUGCUGACGGCGUUGUUAGAGUUUGGCGUAUAACGCCUCACAGCACAGUGGAAGUGCUAAAUGACAUAAUAUGUCACGAGGGUGCUGUCAUGGAUGUUGUAGGAUCGAGUUUAACGGAUGCUACUGUAGACCUCGAUGCAUACCAGGAAGGUGCUAUGUCGAUAACAGCUGUGGAGGCCACUUUGUCAUUUUUUACAUGUGGUAGGGAUCACAAAAUACAUCGCGUGAACUUCCUCGGGCAACGGCUAACGACUUAUGUGGGCCACUCGGACGUUGUAUGCAGUCUCCAAGAAUUCGAUCGGGGUCAACGUCUGGUUAGUGGCAGCUGGGACGGUACUGCAAUUGUCUGGGACGUUUCCACGGGGUCAAUGCUAUAUCGUGUUGGGGGCAAUACCUAUAAAUACUCGGUCUACUGUAACGUCUUACCUAAUGGCGACCUUGUGACUGCAAUGACUAACGGUGACCUAUGCAUCUGGAAUAAUGGCACCCUGCGCAAAACUCUACAGGCGCACUCCGGUGUCAUAAGAGCCGUCAGCAUAAAGGAUGACACUAUCCUUACCUGUUCCAAUGACUGCAGCGUCAGGUGCUUCAAUGGCAACAUGGAAUCCUUAUACACGAUACCAGCUGCUCAUGAGAACUUUGUAUAUGACGUACGCCACUCUAUGUAUGUCCCAAUAUUCUUUACGGCAUCUGAGGACAAAACCGUUGGUAUAUGGGAUCUUGUUUCUGGUAGGCAGCUACAGUUAAUCCACCUCGAUUCGUCUAUAUGGAAGGUAGUUGAAACAUGCCAGGGUAUUUGUAUCAUACCAAUGUCUGGUAACGUAUCAAUUUGGCAGCGUCUUCCCGGUUGUGAUCUAACGUUACACCCACCUCAAGUUGUCUACGGUACCAUGGCAAUCAGUGUGGACCACUCAACGGCACAUGCCAGCUACGACAUGGUAUCGUUUAAAAAGGCAAAUGCCCAAAAGGCAAUGGAGUACUUGCAGCUAUACAACGACUCUAAACCAUCGCAGUUACGUGUAUCCCCAAAGGAUAUGGAUAUUGCUAGGAAUGCCUUUAGCGGCACCAUUUCACCCAGCAGCGACUUGACGUUUAUCUACAAGAUGAUCCAAUGGCCCAUGGAAGAAUUGCUACCAGUCUUCGAUUUACUGAAGCUAGUCUGCCUGGAUACCUCGUCGAGCAAGUUAUUUGGCACCAGAAGCAAUGGCUACAGCAUUGUGAAAUCUGUGUAUACAACUAUAUCCAACAGUGCAACCAACCCUGCCUUGCUUGCGGUAUCAUUACAAUUCAUGUGCAACAUGUUCCAUUUAACAAUGCCACGCUCCAUUAUUCUUUCGCACAUUGAUGAAACCCUAAUAGCACUCAAGGAAAGCGCUCCAGUGGUUAACAAGCUAGUUCAACAGGCUCAUUCUUCUUGCGUUCAGAACUUAGUUAUCAUUGCUGGGGAACGUGCAUCUGUUUGGGCACCUGAUAUAGCCUCCAUUGUGGAUACUGCAAUAUCAGUUUUAUAUAACAACUUGGAUACUCCUUGGGCACCAUCGGUUAUAGUACGCCACUGCAAGCUCUUGGGAACACUGAUAUCCUUGGACAAAAAUGCUGUGGGUACCUUGAAACAAGUUGGAUUGCACCAGAAGUUGGAUGAAAUCGCCGAGAAACUCGGCGAGUCCGAUAGCAACACCCUAAAUGCAGUUAAACACUUAUGUGAAUUGUUAUAAAUGUAUACAAAGUAUGUUACUAACAACUAG